AUGAGCGACCACAGCAGCGGAUACAUAGGGUCGGACGGCCGGCGCCGGCACGGGCAGGGUGGGGACGCGGCCCACCGCCGUCCCCGUCACCGUCACCGCCACCACGGGGCGGCCGAGGACGAUAAGGUCGACCCCUACGGCUCCCGGGCGGUCGCGCUCAGGCGCCACGCUCUCGCCAGAGUGCCAGAGGCCGCCCGCUCCGACGUGUCGUCAGAGGUGGAGUACGAGUACGACCAUCGCGACCGGCGCUACGAGGACAGCCCGCGGCGCCAUCGCGAGGACCGCCGCCGCCGCAACGGCCGCGACCACAGGCACGCGGGCAUCAUUGUCGGCCUCGUGAUCCUCCUCGCUUCCUUCAUUCUCUGCUGGAGAGGCAACGAGGACAGCGAUGACGACGACUGA